AUGGCAGCUACCGGUGAUUUCAAAUUUUCUUACGAACCCCUCAAUAAUCAGGAUUUCCCCAUCCGGGUCCUCCAAGUUCAGCCAGGAGACAAUUCAGAACCUCUCUCCUGCAAGCUCAUAAACUAUUGCGAUGCGUCUGAAAAGGGCUGGACUUGCUUGUCUUAUACAUGGGGUACCGAGUUACCAAAGGAAGAGAUACUCAUAAACGGCGUACCCUUCCCGGUUCGAUCAAAUGUCUACAGCUUUCUAAGACAGGCUCAACGUCAAGGUCCCAGGAAUUUGUGGAUUGACUCGAUAUGCAUCAACCAAUCUGAUAUCCCAGAGCGAAAUUCCCAAGUAGGCCUCAUGAGUGAAAUCUUUGGCGAGGCUGAGUUGGUUACAGUCUGGCUUGGUCAAACUUCACCGGCUUUGGAGCGUGCUUUCAGAAUGCUGGAUUCUGGCUUCGAUGCUGAUACAGUGACUAUAAGGGCGGCGGCCGGGCAGCCCGUGUUUGCCAAGUUCUCACCAGAUGAGUGCUCUUCACUCUUUGAAGCAUGCGGUGCUGCGAUUUGGACUCGGCGGUGGGUAAAACAGGAGAUCAUGCUGCCCGAAAGUGUCAUCUUAUCAUGCGGUGAAGCCUCUGUCAGCAUUUCUGUCUUUUUUGCAGUCAUGGACGCUUUAAUCGACUACGAAACAUUUCAUGAUCACACUAUGCAUGCCUCAGAAUCAUCUAUCGAAGGCUGCGUGGAGCAGUCAGAAACAUGCUUUUUCCAUGCCACCAACUACAAUCAGCGACUCCGCCAGUGUGCCAACGUCCUGGCUUUCUACUCAGCGACACGUUCCAAGCAACGACAGAUUUCACUUCCUGUAUUGCUGAGCAUGUUCCAAGAUUCCGACUGCACAGACUUUCGUGAUCAUGUCUAUGCUUUCCGUGGUGUUAUGGAACAAGGCAUGGCGUUGCGUGUGGACUAUGAUAUGCGAAAUAUUGGAAUGUUCCUCAUGACACUCGACUUUAUCGCACAAACUACGCAUCCUCGCUUACGCGGCGUCAAUGCUGCUGAGAGAGAUCUGCUUGUUGAUUUACAUCGCGGAUUUAAGCUUACCGAUAAGGAUAUGGAGGAUAUUUUUGAAAUUUGUCAGACCAGCUUACUAGUCCAGAUCGGCACCAGUUUCGAAAUGCUACGCAAGGAUAUCUCUGUCUCGAAGUUUAUGAGCUCUAUUACUGAUCGUGAUGAGCUUAUGGCAUUACCAUGGAGAAACAAGGACUUGUGUAAAGAUUGUUGCAAAGUCCUGGGCGACCCAGAGCUGGAUGAACAUCACACCGUUCUCAAUCAACUGCGCGCAGACCCCGCGCGAGAUGUUUGGAUAUAUGGGCUUCGAACUAGAUGUGGGCCGAGUCUCGAAGGACUACGUGCUGUGUAUGAGCCGCGCUGGCUGUAUGAGUGCAGUGAAGACACAUUGCAGCUGAUAGACAGCGGAACUUUUAAGAAGCACCAUUGUUUGGCAUUGUUGUUUGAUGCAUAUGGUAAAGAACAGGAGCUUAAAGAGUGGCUGGAUGAGGUUAAAGAUCAUUUUGUUGUCAUGGUUACUGAUACGGAUGAUGCAGCGUAUCAGAUGCACGUUUUCAUUCGGCCUGGUUGUGAUUCGAAAGAAUGUUUACUUGCAAAAGACCCUGGACCAGCCUAA